GUCCUUAGACAGCAAUAACUAACUUCGCUUAAUAUAAUUACGAAUUAUUCUUUUUCUUUUCUCAGGUUAUUAAAGACCCACCCCCUCAAAGACCUACUCCACCUCCGCCUAUGCCAGAGCCAGAACCAUUACCCAAGAAAAAGUGGCCAACCGUGGAUGCAUCUUAUUAUGGAGGAAGAGGAGCUGGUGGAAUCAAACGCAUGGAGGUCCGUUGGGGAGAGAAAGGAUCCACAGAGGAGGGUGCACGCCUCGAGAAGGCCAAGAAUGCAGUGGUGCAAAUACAAGAGGAGACAGAGGAACCCAUGAUCAAAAAGCGUCCCACACCCCAUCCCACAUCCCAUGGAUCUGAAUCCAAGUGGUAUACUCCGAUCAGGGGGCGGCUUGAGGCACUGUGGGCUCUUCUGCGGCGACAAUAUGAUAGAGUAUCACUCAUGCGCCCAACUACCACAGAAAAGGGACGCUGUAUGAACUUCAGUCGGGUGCAGCAUCAAUAGAUGACAGCAUCCCGUCUCUGAAAUACUUUGACUUCCAAGUUUAUCAGAUGGAACAACGGGAAAAAAACAGAAUUUACUCGAGAUGACAUAGCUUAUCAUUGGCCACUUCAGAGUAUCUUGUUCAGGCUUUCCAAAACUUAUAAUUCUGCUAUCUCUCAAGCUACUCAAUGGCAAGCGGAUGACUAGAUAGAUCAACAACAAAAAAAAGUGUCUGAUUUUGCAGCUGAUCUGGUUAGCUUUAAUGCAAAGCACAGGCUUUUUCAUGUUCUGACCAUAUUGUGUCUUCUGUGAAAAAAAAGAAUCUUAUGGACACAGACGGAGGCUAUUUCAAAAAAAAAAAAAAAAAAAAACGAAUGAGAUGAGGCUCUUUGCCGUUGGCUGAGAAGUAGAACUAAUCCCAGUAGGCUCAUGGAGUGCAGUAGUACUUUGCCUCUUGGCAGUGUCUCUUCACAAAAAUCUCUCCAAGCCCACUAUUGUCGGAUGCCUAGCGGGGCUUCUUUGACUGGAGAUCUUGUCAUUUUAAGUGCACACGCAUGACAAAUUGUAGACAGAACGCCCUAAGGUAUUGGACGCAGUAAGACUUUGCCCUUUAGUUUGUGAAGACACCUUUCUAUCAAUGCGAGGACAGCGCAGAGAAAUUAAUAGAGCGUUAUUGCACCGCAAGACACCCUGUGACCAAAGCUUUCCGGCAAGGAUUUGAGGGACAGAUUUACCUCCGGUGGUUGGUGCUUCCUCCCCAUUUAUUUGGCAGUCUGUUCUGUGCUCACUAAUGCAUAGACCUUUCACAAUUCAGAAACAUGCCUCUCAGUUAAAGUUUUAACACAUCAAUAAAGCUGUCCAGCCACAACCAGAUCUCGAUAAAUUUGUGCACAAGUUCUCUUGGCAUUGGAAUAUCAAACUUUGAUCGAUCUUAAGGCAACUUUAGAGAUUCUUCUUUUGUAUGAGAUUUUCUGUAGAAAUUAAAGAGUUCCUCAGCUGUGCUAAUGUGACACCCUCAUUCGAUAUACUCGGAAGAUUAAACCGAAAGGGGCGACGGACGGAUGAGUAUUGUUCAUUUCCAGAAAUUAUCCACAUCACACUCCCCCCUCCACUUGCGCACAGAAAAGCGAGCAAUAUAUAUUUAUUUUAGAUUUCUUUAACGCGCUGUCACGACGCCGAUCGCGAAUGAUGUCAGUGUCAGUGGAAACACUGUGGGGGAGGAAGGGGGCGGCAGCUGAAGAAAAAGGCUCGAACGAUCCAGUCACUUUCGAUACGCUACUUCAGAUGCAAAAUGGAUAUUCGAGUCGAAAUCUGACAAAGCGUGCCGGCUUUGACGGGAAGUGGUAUAGACAAUGACCAGUGGCUGGGUCAGUGGGAUGUCUCAGUGCAAGCAGGGAAGCUUAUCAAAUGACACUAAAAAUAAGUUCAACAACCAUCAAGUUUGAGGGGGGAACAGAAUGGGGCGCAGUGGCUCACAUUCGGUGGGCAUGCAAGUGUGCAAGAUGGCAGGACCGUUGGGGGAGAAAAAGCCCUUGUUUAAUGAUUUCUUUGUUUCUAUCAUCCUAAUUGUAGGGACAUUAAUUAUUGCUCCCCUCCACCCACCCACCCCAAAAAAAGGACAGAAUACAUUUAUAGAAAAGUUCAAACAUUUGAAAUGGUUCCCGGAGUGGCACUUAUAAGUUAAGCUAAUGCACUUCUUUGGAUAGCUAGGUGAGUGUCAUUUUCAGCCUCAUUUUUAUGUGUAUUUUUCAUGUCACAGAUCAUAGAAUAUCAGUUCAGUGUUAGAAUUUUUUUCUAUUAGGUUAGUUAUAACAUGGCUUAAUAUUUUUAUCAGCUCCUUACAUGCUAUUAAUCCUCCUCAACAUCACCAGCAUCACAUCAUCUGCUUUCUCUUUAUUAUUGCUUUUUUGUAUUUACCUUUUACAUUGUUAUAUGUUUUCACUUCAUUUGUGAUCCUUGUGUAUUUUUAUGUAUUUUAUAUGACCCUUUAAUGUAUUUGUAGAAAAAUUGAUUGUAAACUUUGUGUAGCAGGAUUGGGUUUGUUCUUAGUAUUAAUGAACUUAGCACACCAGCUAUUAAAAAAUAAUGUUAGCAAUUUUUGUAAAAAAAGAAGAAGAAAAAAAGAAAGAGAAGCUAAUUGCACCUGUUUUAACUUUAAAAUAGAAUAGGGUCACAAAGUUUUGAUGUAGAAAUUGGACUGCAAAACAAGGAUUUAUUUCAUUUUUAAGCAACUCUGUGAUGACAGUUGUGCACUAUUUGUUGUACAUAAAAAGGCAAGGAAAUAAUGUAUUGGUACUAAUGAUUUGUUAAUUUAAUUAAAACCCAUUAUGUUUAGAGACAA